AUGAGGGCACCGGAGGCCUCUGCAGAUGAUGCACCAGCUGAAGAUCAGGUAGAAUCCAGUAUCACCUCAGCACCUGCAGAGCCACAGGACAUAAAUGAAGACAAUGGAUCUUUUGUUAGUCCCUCACUGACAGACUCUAAGCAGCACAGCCCCCUGAGGAAGACAUCGGGAAAAAAGUCGAAAAAGACACGAGGUGACUCCAAAUUUUGCCCUGAAACAUCUGAAGUGUCAUGUGAUGACCUUGUGAUUGUACUGGAAGAACGCAGGUUCUUAAAGGUUCUUGAAGAUGUGGUGGAAGAAUUGGUUGAAAAACUAGUGACUGAAAAAUUGUCAAAUAAGGGGUCAGCCAGCUCCCGAAAUCAGACUUCACAUUCUAAGCCGAGAAGUAAAAAAAUGGACGUCAUUAAAAGCUUUGAUAAAAAAAUUAAAGAUGUGGCUGAUUCACAAAGGAGUGGUUUGGAAGCAGAAGAAUCGGGCCCAGAAAUACCAGGAAGUGGACAGAGUGAACAGGUUAAUUUGGAGACUGAAAGCUCAUUAACACAGCCAAGUGAACAGACAAGUUCAAAGGUGCCUUCAGAGUCAACUCAAGGUAAAUCACCCCAAUCAAAGACCAAAUCAGGCAAGAGCAGUGCCUCUAGUGCCUCAGCAAAGCACAGAGAUAAGUCUUCUGCUGCCAAAGGAACUUCAGAAGCUGCUGACGAAGCUGCGGCUGAAUCUGCUCCUACGCAGGACCACAAAGAGAUGAUUGAGCAAGUGUGCUACUUUAAAAGCAAAUCUUCCAAAGCCAGAAAGACUCCAAAGCAAGAAAGAGAACCAUACUACAAAGACGACAUCUGUAAGACUGUCUGCAAAACUUUCAUGCGCCUCAGUCCUGAGGAUCAGUGGGAUAAAAAUCUGAAAAUUGCCGAUUCGCUCUUUUCUGCUACCUUUUGCCUCCUUGUGAACAGAAUCGAAAAACAAGACUCACUUGCUGACAAAAUUGGGAUUGCACUUUGCAACCCACGGCAGUGUUUUGAAGAGUGUAGUACCCAGGAACAAAUCGAUGCUUUGGAAGCCCAGACAAGGAGUACCACCAAAUAUGUUUUCCCAAAACUCAAGUCCAGCAGGAGCUUAAAGAAGACUAUUGGUCUUAGCAGCCAAGAAUCUUCCACCUGUAUGAAGCACUGUAGAGAUUCUACACUAACCACUGCAUCAGUGCACACUGUACUGCCAAAACUAUAA